UCAGUUGAUUUCACGCCGCCGCCGAGUGUGGACGCGUUUUCCGCCAGCUCUUCUUUCUAAACUAAAGUUCGCGUCGCCCUUAUCCUCCUCGUUGCCGGGAAAAUAAUUGAAAACUUAAACCGAAGAAAUUCAAACGCGUAAUCUCUGGCGAAGAAGCAGUUCUCCGAUCAAAACAAAACUGGCAAUAAAUCUGCAAUCACACACGACCACGACCAAGUGCGCGUGCAUAAAGAGUAACAAAAACAAAACUCGGAAAACAUACACACAGAACCAUAAUAAUCGCACUACUGACAGAAAUAAAUAAAAAUAUACAAAAAAACAUACAGAGUGAAAAUAUCAGCGCCCAUUCCCAUUCCAAUUCCGACUUUGGUGCGGUAGGUAAUGACACAUUCGGCAAACGGCGCACGUAUCUAGAUGCCAACGGGCACAAGUAGUAUCUGAAUCCAUCAGGGCCCCGCCUUUUGCCACCCGCAACGCCCAUAUAUUAUAAUAUAUAUGAGUUUUUAAAAAGCGGCAUUAAAUAACCAUCAGCAGAACCCAUCAAAAGUCACCAUGGAGCAGUCGCGAAAUCUGCUCACCAAGCAGUCCAAAGAUGUUGAGUUUCAAGAUGUUUUCUACACGGUUAAGGAGAGGAAGAAUUUUUGGCGCGUGACCGGUGAGCGCCGGAUUCUGAACGGAGUCAGCGGCAGUUUCCGGAACGGCCAACUCUCGGCCAUCAUGGGACCCUCGGGAGCCGGUAAAAGCAGUUUGCUAAAUGCGAUUUCGGGUUUCAGGCGCGACGGCGUCACUGGCAGCAUAAAGAUUCGCAGAGACAAUGCCUGCUACAUCACUCAAGAUGACCAUCACCAGACCCUUCUCACAGUCGAGGAGCUCAUGAAUCUCGCCUGCGACCUCAAGCUAAAACAUAGGCACAAAAAGCAAGAGAUCCUCACGGAGAUCCUGGAGAAUUUACAUUUAAAUCAUCGACGCAAUGUGACGGCUGAAAAGCUUAGUGGCGGCGAGCGCAAGCGUCUGUCCAUUGCUUUGGAACUGGUGGAUAAUCCAAAUAUUUUCUUUUUGGAUGAACCCACCAGCGGUUUGGAUGAGGUGACGGCAGCCCAGUGCAUACGCCUGCUGAAGGCCAUGGCCCACGAGGGACGCACUAUUGUUUGCACCAUACACCAGCCUUCGGCCACGAUAUAUAAUUAUUUUGACAGCAUUUACGUCUUGGCCAAGGGUCAUUGUGUAUACCAGGGCAGCCCGCGAGCCACUAUACCUUUUCUGAGACUGGCUCAGCUGGAUUGUCCCAGGCAUUACAGUCCCUCGGAUUAUAUUAUUGAGCUGGUGGAUGCCGAGGAUGGCCACCUUGUGCCUGCUCUCAGCGAGCUAACCGAGAAUGGAAAGCUGAUCUAUGUGGCCAGUCAUUCGGAUCAAUUGGAUGCCACUUUGGAGUCCCAGCAGGCUGUGACCACCAUGUUUGUGGAGCAGCCAAAGCGUCCCUUUCUGCCCACCUUCUUUGCUGGCAGUGCUGCCUCUACAGAUGGUUCUUUGAUUGGUGGAACAAGUGCCUUGUUGGAACAGGUCAAGGCUCUUUCCAGGCGAUUGCACACGGAUUCUCGCGAGAUCUCUGGACUGAGACAGUUUGUGGUGCUCAUGCGUGUGAUGUUGCUGAGGAUAACGCGUGCUCGUUUGGCUUUAAUCAUACAAUUGUUCCAUCAUUUGCUCUGUGGCAUAUUCUUUGGUUUGAUCUUCUUCCAACUGGGAAAUCAGGGAGCGCGAAUGUUUGAUCAUCUUAAGUUUUGUAUUGGAGCUGUGCUUAUGAUUGUGUACACCCAAGUGAUGGUGCCUAUUUUGAGCUAUCCCGCUGAGGUCAAGGUGGUCAAAAAGGAGACUUUUAACCGCUGGUAUACCCUGACACCCUACUAUAUGGCCUUGACAAUCUCACGCCUGCCUCUACAAGUGCUGCUAAACAUCACCUUUAUGGCGGUGACCUACUGGAUGUCUGGCUUGCCAGAGCAAUUCUGGCGCUUUGGCAUCUUUGUGGCUGUUGGUUUAAUGAUCUCCCUGGUGGCCGAGGGCAUGGGCCUGGCUAUAGGGGCCACUUUUAGCAUAACAAACGGCAGCGUGGUGGGUCCCAUGAUCAUAGCCCCUCUCAUGGGCCUGGCUGUGUAUGGCUUUGAUUUUGCUCCGCAAAUCACAGGCGGCAUGCAGCUCCUGAUGAAGUUCAGCUAUGUCCGUGUGGGCGUGGUGGCUUUGGUCUUGGCCGUGUUUGGUUUCCAGCGGGAGGAGCUGGACUGUGAUGACAUCUACUGCCACUUUAGCGAUCCGCGUGUGCUGCUCAAGUUCCUCGAUGUGGAGAAGGUGUCUAUACUCCAUCAGUUUGGCAUUCUGGCCAUGCUGAUGCUCUUCUUCCGGGUGAUAAUGUACAUAAGCCUGCGCAAGCGCUGCUAUGCCUGAGUCUGGCUUGGACUGGCAGCCUCCUGAUGAAUCUUACUCCCUAGUUUUAGGCCCAUGUCAAUGCUGUGAUGUUCGAUUUUAAACAGACAGAUGAGGAUUUUUCUUGUAAAUAUAAAUAAACCCAUUCCCAAGAAAGGAUA